CGACUUGUGAGUGUGGGUGCCAUCUUUGCUUGCGGGGACUUGAAAGCUUCCAACAGCGAGACAUCGAAAGAGGCGGGAAAACUGAGAGAGAGAGAGAGAGUGAGAGAGAGUGAGAGAUGAAGGAGGAAGGGGGAAGAGCAGCGCAACCGACGGUCGACGAGCGCUACACACAGUGGAAAUCGCUGGUCCCCAUUCUCUACGACUGGUUGGCCAACCACAACCUCGUUUGGCCUUCUCUCUCUUGCCGAUGGGGGCCGCUGAUAGAGACCGCGACGUACAAGAAUCGCCAGCGGCUCUACCUUUCAGAACAGACUGAUGGCAGUGUUCCAAACACACUAGUUAUAGCAAACUGUGAAGUUGUGAAGCCCAGGGUUGCUGCUGCAGAGCACAUAUCUCAGUUCAAUGAAGAGGCACGCUCUCCUUUUGUAAAGAAGUUCAAAACAAUCAUUCAUCCUGGAGAGGUCAAUCGGAUCAGAGAGCUCCCACAGAGUAGCAAGAUAGUGGCGACACACACCGACAGUCCAGAUGUUCUCAUUUGGGAUGUUGAGGCUCAACCUAAUCGUCAUGCUGUUUUGGGAGCUCAAGAUUCUCGUCCAGACUUGAUACUGACCGGGCAUCAGGACAAUGCAGAAUUUGCUCUUGCAAUGUGCCCAAUUGAACCUUUCGUGCUCUCUGGUGGGAAGGAUAAGUCGGUGGUUUUGUGGAGCAUUCAGGAUCAUAUCUCUAGCUUGGCUGCAGAUCCGGGACCCUCGAAGUCCCAAUUUGGUGUUUCCGGCGUCAAAAGCAUCACAAAGGUUGGUGUGGGUAAUGAUAAACCUGUAGAGAGCCCUACUAUUGGACCUCGAGGUACUUACCUAGGGCAUGGGGACACUGUUGAAGAUGUUCAGUUUUGCCCUUCAAGUGCUGAAGAGUUCUGCAGUGUCGGUGAUGAUUCUUGCCUUAUACUAUGGGAUGCAAGAACGGGCUCUAGUCCAGUCGUCAAGGUUGAGAAAGCUCACAAUGCUGACCUGCACUGUGUUGAUUGGAAUCCUCAUGAUGUUAAUCUCAUACUAACGGGGUCAGCUGAUAAUUCCAUUCACAUGUUUGACCGUCGAAAGCUCACUUCUGGAGGAGUUGGAUCACCUGUUCAUAUAUUUGAGGGUCACAAUGCUGCCGUGCUUUGUGUACAGUGGUCUCCUGACAAGUCAUCUGUAUUUGGGAGUUCAGCAGAGGAUGGUAUCUUGAAUAUCUGGGAUCACGAAAAGAUUGGUAAAAGACCGGAUAAUGCUUUAUCUAGAGUUUCAGAUCAUCCACCAGGCUUGUUUUUUAGACAUGCUGGACACAGGGAUAAGGUUGUUGAUUUCCACUGGAACUCAUGUGACCCUUGGACAAUUGUCAGUGUGUCUGAUGAUGGUGAAAGUACUGGUGGUGGUGGAACACUGCAGAUAUGGCGUAUGAUUGACAUGAUCUACAGGCCAGAAGAUGAGGUGGUCGCAGAACUUGAUAAGUUCAAAUCCCAUAUUCUUACUUGUUCAUCCUGAUGUCUCUAGAGAGUAAACCGAAGCCCCUGGUGUUUCCACCUUCCAUUUUAAUCUCUACUGAAAAUGGUGAGGCAAAUAUGAUUUCCCCAAUCUGUUUGUAGCUUCAAUUAUUAUUGUUAUUAUUAUUAGUACUACUACCACUACUACUACUACUACUAUUAUUAUUAUUUUGGAGUUGGUCCAGAUGUUUCUCUUGGUGGCUUUGUAGAUCAGGUCUAGACAUUGGAAGAGUUUUUUUUAUU